AUGUCAACUCCCAGUGCCAGCACUAUGAAUAUGAAUAUGGGUAUGGAGCAAAUGAAUAUGUCUUUCUUUACUUCUACCACGACACUACUAUGGACAAAGUCCUUCGCCCCCACGACCACGGGACAAUAUGCAGGUCUUUGCAUUUUCCUUAUUGCCCUGACCACCAUUUUCCGAAUGCUGCUUGCUAUACGCGUCAACUUUCACAGCAUCAAACAUGGUCUUAGGCAGAGGCGUACCAAAGGUCUGCUGGCGGAGUGCCCAGCCAUUGAGAUUGGUCAGCGCCCAUGGACAGCGAAUGAAGCUGUAAUGCUGGGAGUGAUAGAUGUUGUGAUCGCAGCCAUCAGCUAUUUAUUGUGA